ACUCGGUGUAGCCGCGCAAAGAAAUUUGACGAGCGGAUAGUUUGACAGUUUUUUCAAAGAAUUGAUUUAUUAAAGGAGCAAUCUCUGGCGACCUUUGAAACACAAACUAACCGAAGGGAAAAGAGAACUGGAUAAAGAGAAGGACAGUAAUUGGCGUAAGUGAAAGCGGAAUUACAGCGAAACCUCUUUUCGUUUGUCAUUUAGCCUCGGACAGUAAGGACAGUGCGCGUCUCCCAACUUGCCACAACUACCCGUGGAAUCUUAUUCACUUAAGUUAGGUUUUCAUUUAUUAGCUCUUUGUUAAUUGUGGUUUAGGUUGGCUGGACUUGCACCUCAUUGUAACCGCGGUUACUUAACGUCGCGAGAAAAAUGCUGUCCUUCAUACGCUCCUGGCUGCCCGGUAUACCUGGGUGGUUGACAUUUGAGGCGAACCCCCUGGAUAGCCUGCUACAAGGGCUCGUGGGCGCGUGCGGUGUUUCAGUGCUGUGCAGUUUGAUGAGAGUUCACCUGUUCCUGAAAGCUACGAGUAGCGACAAGGAGGAAAGGUGUGGUAAAAAGCCAUCUGGCACCAAGGGAGGGGCUGUGGGCAGUUUGGGCCGGACUCUCCAGUUCUGGAUUCUGACCGGGCUCCUGGGCUUGAUCGGUCCUCGGGUCGCUUCUCUUGUGGUUCUGGAAUUCUGUCUCCGAGCUGGGUCGGCCAAGAUCACUGCCGGAGCGGAUGUGACGUCAAAUUAUGCCCAGUCGCACCUGGUGCAGUGCCAGUUCUCUCUGGGCUGCGCCCUGAGCUGCAGCCUCCAGUUCCUCCAGGAGGGGGCGCUGCACCGCUCGCUCAGCCUGCUGACGGCGCUGCUGCCGAGCUGGCUGCUGGCCAGCCAGAGCGAGCGGCUGCGUCGCCAUGCGAUGACGCUCUACCCGCUGCACAGCUCCCAGCGGUACUGCGGCCUGUGCAUGACGCUCCUGGCGUCGGGCCACGCCCUCCUGCCCCACCUGUGCCGCGCCGUGGUCGUGACGUUCGCCGUGGCCGCCGUGGCCGCCAUCUCCACAGUCAACCACCACUUCCUGUCCGCCGCGGACGCCCUCCGGUUCUGGACGCCGCUGACUAUAUGCUACACCAUGCUGGUGGUGUACAUGCAGGAGGACCAGCAUCGCCGCCCUGGUGGCGAGGUUUUGCUGCACACAGCGGUGGUGCGCCUGGGGGCGCUGCUGGGGCUGAUGCUGAUGCUGGGGACCUGGGCGGACGUGGGACACAUCCUCCUGUGCUUCCUGGGAGAGAUGGCCUGCCUGAUCCCCUCGCAGGACCUGAUGGACUGCGUGACAGAGGAAGACAGUCAUGAGGCUGUGAACAAAUCCCCACGAAGAUUGAGCACGGACUCUAGCCCAGUGACACCUUCAGAGCUGGCUCUGCCUUCCAGCAAAGAGCUUUAGGAGUCUCCCUCCUGUGGCAGGAGAAACUGUCAGCAUUUUGUGGACCCCUAUCUCCCUCAGCAAACAGAUUGUAUGCAAGCAGUGCACACACAAAACACCCCGCAUGUGUGCACACACAAGGAGCACCUGCAUACGUGUGUGUAAGCUCACAUGCAUACACACAAACAAAACACACACGUACACACGCGCAUGUGCACAAGCACAAGCACAAACAUACACUGGACAUGCAGAUACGCACCCUGUAAGGUGGUGCAGGGUGCAGAGCAAAGUGAGACGGGACUAUCUUCUCUGAAAGACGUGUGCUGUUACAUAUCUGUGUUCCAUGUCCUUUUCAAUCAUUUACCAAAAGCUGCUGCAUCAGCGGAACUGGAGGAGCAGAGAGUGGAAGGCCAGACUGUAUCCUGGAAUCUGAAGCUAGAAUACACAGACAAAGGGGAGAUAAGCGGGCAGAGAGGUGAAUACAAAGGUCAUCCAGGCCUGUUUUCUAAAAAAAAAAAGCAAACAACAUUUUUUAAAAUAUCUUAUCUCGCGCAUAUAAAUACAGCUUUAAAUUGCUGACUAUAAUUUGAGACCUAACCUACAGGGAAAAUGUGUUGGGUGCACCCAACCCAGAACUGUCUCUUGGUCCAAGUUUUCUCAGUUGUACCACCACCAGUCACUUUUUAUCACAACAGGCACAGAACUGGACAAAACUGAUGAUCCGUUGAUUUGAACCAUAAGAAAUUCCAUUCUGCAUUUAGCUUUAGACCUUGUUCUGUUUGCUCGUCAAAUUUGAAUGGCUUGGCCUUGUAUCUUCUUUCCGGUCACAUGCAAUGUGCAUUGUCCUUUUAAGACUGAAGAGAGUAAAGCAGGGAGUGUGGAAAGGGCUGAGUAAGUGCAGGAGCCGGAAUGGCGGGUAAACAGAACUGGGGUCGGUGGGAAGACAAUGCAGUGUCUACGGCCAAAGGACGAUGAGGCAACUGGGACAGUCAGACCCCCACCGACAUGCAGAUCAAACUCCUGACUCGGGGCUUUCCCAAUUACCGAGUAAUCUCGGUGAGGAGGGGUUAAAAUAAUAUAGCUUGCAACGCUAUAAUUUAGUCUAGAGAACACGAUUCUGCAGGUGUCCUCAUAACCUGAAAAGGAUAUAUAUACGUUUUCCAGUUAUCCAUUGCAGUGACAGUGUCCACUAACUUUCAGAUGUGUUCACUUUGAGGUCCUGAUGAAAAUGUUGCUGGUGAUUCCACAUAAAGUUGGCAUGUCUUUUUGAUUUGUUGUUGUCCUUAAACCACCACUACCUUCUGUUUGACAUUAAAUUAUUACGUAAGUGUUUGAGGAAUGUUGCUUUAUAAAGAUAUUGAUACAUUUGG